UGUUUAUAUGUUGACUCACCAGACGGAUUAAGAGCUUGAGUAAAUGUACUACAACCACUCAGACUCCCAGCAGUUCAAGCUGACCUCUACGUGUGAUUCAGAGCAUCCAGGAGGACGCACUGAGCUCCAGGCUGCAGUUCCCGCGACCUCCUGCAGAGGGAGCCACAGUGUCCGGCACAAAACCAGGCAGCGAGCAGCACGGCAGCAGCAGCAGCAGCAGCAAGUGCGGUGCAGUCGACCUGAGAGGAGAGGACUGCGUGCCGCCGCCGUCGUGAGGAAAACACCGCACAGAUGAAGGGACCGUCGCGAAUAACUAACACACAUUUCUCCGUUUGAUUAUUGUCACAUAUCAAACAACACCGUCCUCCUUCCUCCCUGCCACCGGGAUCGAGCCGUCGCUGCGGGUCUUUCAGUCGGUGGGCUUGCCUUGUUUUUUCCUCCGGGAGGCUGAAUGGAAGCAGCAGCCGAGGGAGCGGUCGGGCUGUCGGAGGCCAGGGACGGGAGCCCGCUAUCCGUUGCCGCAGCAUCCGAUGAUGGAGACACGGUCGUUGGAGUUAGCUACGGGAUGGACGCCGCCGACAUGGAUGCUGCUGCUAAGAAAGCCUUCAUCACAGAGAUGCCCUCUUCCUCAGGCCAGCCUGGUCAGGGAAAGAAGAUUGGCCACAGAGGGGUGGAUGCAUCAGGGGAAACUACUUACAAGAAGACCACAUCCUCAGCCUUGAAAGGUGCCAUCCAGCUGGGCAUCGGUUACACGGUGGGCAACCUGAGCUCCAAGCCUGAGAGAGAUGUGUUGAUGCAGGACUUCUACGUGGUGGAGAGCAUCUUUUUUCCCAGUGAAGGCAGCAACCUCACUCCAGCCCACCAUUUCCCGGACUUCCGCUUUAAAACAUACGCUCCUGUGGCCUUCCGCUACUUCAGAGAAUUAUUUGGCAUCAGGCCAGAUGACUACCUGUACUCCCUAUGUAAUGAGCCUCUGAUCGAGCUGUCCAAUCCUGGAGCGAGUGGCUCUGUCUUCUACCUUACAAAAGACGACGAGUUCAUCAUCAAGACUGUGAUGCACAAAGAGGCUGAAUUCUUACAGAAACUGCUGCCUGGAUACUACAUGAACUUGAAUCAGAACCCUCGCACUUUGCUGCCCAAGUUUUUCGGCCUCUACUGUGUCCAGUCUGGCGGGAAGAACAUCCGUGUGGUGGUGAUGAACAACGUCCUUCCCCGCGUCGUUCGCAUGCACCUUAAAUACGACCUGAAGGGCUCCACCUACAAGAGGCGAGCAUCCAAGAAGGAAAGAGAGAAGGCCAGGCCCACUUUCAAAGACCUGGACUUCAUGCAAGAUCUGCAGGACGGACUGAUGCUGGACCAGGACACUUACAACGCACUGGUCAAGACCUUACAGAGAGACUGCCUGGUGCUGGAGAGCUUUAAGAUCAUGGACUACAGUCUGCUGCUUGGGGUUCACAACAUGGACCAGGCGGAGAGGGAGAGACAGAUGGAGGGCUCCCAGGGCGGCAGCGAUGAGAAGAGGCCCGUGGCCCAGCAGAAGGCCCUGUACUCCACAGCCAUGGAGUCCAUCCAGGGAGGAGCCGCCUGCGGGGGGUCCAUCGACACUGACGACACGAUGGGCGGCAUCCCGGCUGUGAAUGGAAAAGGAGAGAGACUUCUUCUUUACAUCGGAAUCAUCGACAUCCUGCAAUCCUACAGGCUAAUCAAGAAACUGGAGCACACGUGGAAGGCUUUGGUUCAUGACGGGGACACUGUAUCAGUCCACCGGCCAGGCUUCUAUGCAGAUAGGUUCUUCAAGUUCAUGAGCAGCAUGGUUUUCAAGAAGAGCUCCUCUCUAAAGUCAUCUCCAUCCAAGAAGGGUCGCGUGUCGUUGUCGGUGCCUAAAUGCGCUGGUCCUGGUGCAGCCUGGUCAGCUAGCCAGCUGCCCUCUGAGAGAGACGAGAAUAUCUACGACCUGAGAGGAGCUCGCAGCUUCCCAACGCUGGAGGACGAGGGGCGACCAGAUCUUCUUCCAUGUACUCCUCCAUCCUUUGAGGAGGCCACUACAGCUUCUAUUGCCACCACUCUCUCUUCCACCACCUCUCUGUCCAUCCCAGAGAGGUCCCCCUCUGACACGGCCGAGCACCCCCGCUACAGGAGGCACACCCAGUCUCUGAGCCACGACGGCAGGACCCAGGAGGAGCUGCGUGUGCGUGAGGAGGAUCAGCAGACGAUCACAGUGGAGGUGGAGUUGAAGAGACACGACAGCGAGCCCACCAUCUCUGUCCCACAUCCUUCACCUGAGACCAGUGGGGUUCAGGAAGUAGCUGGUGCCGAGGCUCCCAAUGCCGCUGCAGCAGCACCUUCCAGCUCUUCGUCAGCACCUGAAGCUGCCUCCUCCUCGUCUGCCCCAGCUGCUCCCUCUUCCCCCGGGGCAGCCAGGGACGCUCCGUCCAGCCCCAAGGUGACGAUGGAGGCAGACAGGGCCAGCCAGAUGUCCGGCUCAGGGUGCACCAGCCAGGCUUCAGUCGAUGAUGAAGAUGAUGUGCCAAUCACAGAUAUCUACUUUCCUCCAGAGGACAAGACCUGGGUGUACUCUCCGCUACACUAUGGCUCAGAGUCUAAGGCCCUGCCAGAUGGGGAUUGGGAAAGAGAGACAUAAACCCUGUUCUCUGGCAGAGAGGAGUGAACGUCUCAGCGGAGAGGACUCAUCGGUCAGAAGUCCAGACCUCAGCGGUAGCAGCAGGAUCUCUGUCUGAACCAGGACUUUAAACAUGUAUACAAGUGACUUGAGUACCAGAGAGGGGGAAAAAAUCCUGACAAUGAUGACAUUGCUGAUUUUUAACCAUCCCUGCCUUUCACCCUGGACAAAUGAAAAUUAUAUAAAUUUAACAAUAAUGUGUAUGUGUGACAUGCAGUAGUGUGUAUACGGCUGUAGUCUUAUAUGUUUGACAUACAUGAAAGACCAUAGUAGCUCACAGUGCCUCUGAAAUGUAUUCACCCCCUUGGAAGUGUUCAUGUUUUACUGUCUUACAACACUGAAGUAGAUAUAAUGUGGCUUUUUUUGACACUGAUCAACAGAAAAAGACGCUUUCAUGUCAGUAAACAUAAAAUAAAACAUGAUAACUUCCACAUGGGGUGAAGUCUUUUUGUAGGCAUUGUACAGUAUGAUCUAGUUCACACAAGCACAGCCCUAUAACAGGCUCUCCCACUCACUCCUGCAGAGCAGCACACGGACAUUUGGCCAAUCAGGAUAAGCCCACCAACGCUCCUUGGUACUGGCUGUAUUGAUGUUGUACCCUCACAUGGCAUCCAGCAACAGCUGGAAAAGAAACACAUGGUGUGAGAUUUCAGUGUGCCGGAUGAGUGGUCAAACCUGUGGUGUUGGGAGGGCUGUGCUCUGAGAACUGGAGUUACAAUGAUAACCAUCGUUUGGCCAAUCAAAACAGAACAUCCAGACGUCUCUGUCAUUCUCACAUUUCCAGUAGUGAAAAUAUGCAGUUCAGUUUAUAGAAACACAGAAUUUCUUUUAGUGAAUAUAUAUAGUUCUUUCAUAGCAUAAUAAUUUAUUAUGUAUAUCAAAAACAUUUUUCCAACAUUUUUUUAUUUCUGUUUUACUACUGUGAACUUAUAUUUGUUUUGUCUGUUUGUAUUUUAUUCUAAUGGUCACUGUUAUUGAUACUUUUUCACUCUGAACGCUUUCUUUUCAAUUUGCAUCCAAAGAACUUUUAUUUUUUGUUUUAUCAUUUCAGCACUGCAGCUUUUUUUUUUUAGUUUACCAGUUUCUUUUUUUACAUCAUGUGUUUGUUGUUUAAUUUCAGUGUUAACUACUUUUUUCACUACACCUCUUGUAGAAACAGAUGAGGCUCAUGACUCUCGCCUUCAAAAAGAAGGCAUCAAUUGCAACACUAAGGCAGCAGACAUUGUCAGUCAUUAUAGUAAUCUUCACAUCAUUACAAUGUCUUCCAGUGUUGCCCUAUUUUUGGACAGAUGCACACAAAUCAUUUGUAACAAUAGAAUUUCAUAUUUCCUUUUUCCUGUUUUUUUUUUAUGAGGGUGGAACAAUAAUCAGCAUAUCAGUGACAGUUGCUCUAUCUGGUCGCCCUUACCUCCUCACAAUAAGAAAAUCCAUUGACUGGACAUUUCAAAUGUUUGUAGACGUAGAGCAUCAGUUGUAGUAUUUGCAGUCAAUAUCGUACCUGUUAUCUGUAUAUUUGAAUGAACACAGUACGUCGCAGUGUUGACCUGGUGACACAGCAGUUUGUAAAUGGGUUGAAUGUUGUUUGCACUUGUCAAGAGGACCUGAAGAUGAACUAGUGAUAGAGGCCAAAUAAACAUACAUCACGUUAUCUUCGUUUUCUGCUCACACCGGUGAUAUAUAGACGGCGUUUUUGUUAGGAUUAUCAAGUGUGUGUGUUGGUGAAGUCAAUCACAGUCAUUGUAGUGUUAACUGUAGUCUCUCUGUGGCUGACAUCGUAGGACUCUCAAGUAAGACUUAAGUUCAACAAACUGAUUUUUUAAUCUAACUUCUAACAGACGCAGUUUCUUCAGUUGGUUGGUAUGUUUCUAUGUGUGUUUGUGUGUGUAAGGAAGGACACCUCAAUGUUGGACAUUGUAAAAUAGAAAUCAGCUCAUUCUCAUGAUGUGCAGUGGCCAGUUGUAAUCAGUUUGCUGUUCAUCAGAUGGAGACCAUAGCAGCAAUAUUUUGUACAGUCUAGCUUUUAAGUUCAUUUUUAUUGCCUUAUUGAGAAAUUUUACAUGUAGGCCUAUUGUUUAUAUUUUUUUCACUUGUGCUGUUGUAUUUAUUUUUCUUUCUCAUAGUUGUGCUCCUGAGAAUGUGUACAUAAAAUUAUAAAUACAUAUAUAAAGAUAUACAAAUAUAUUUUCCAUUUGAAUCGGAGAAUAUUAUUUUUAUUUGGUUUUAUUUUUGCUGCUGGGCAAGAAAUGAUUGCAAUCUACAUAAUUUACUGUACCAUAUCCUUCAGUGUGUUUAUUGAGAUGCAGCUGCUGUAUAUUUAUGGUCUAUAAACCACAGCUGUUUCUUUGUAAGAUAUCCAAAUUGAAAGAUUUGUGGGGUUUACUGUACAUGCAAAUCAAUAGGGAUUCUUCCAACUGUUCAGCUGUGUUGUGUAUGUGUUUUCAAAUCGCUGUGUGCCCUCAUCCAAUAGGGAGAGUCCUUAACAGAGACAUAGCAUGAUUUCAAAAUGAAUAUGCAUAUCAGAAAUGUGUAUUUAUGUAUAUCUGUGUAUAUUCAUCUAUUUAUACGUGAGGAUAAAUAGAUGGCUGUAUGUGUGUGUGUUUGGACUCAAUCAGAAUGAAUACAAAAUAAAGCAGUUCUAUGAA